GUCUGUCAAUUAAUGUCACUUGAAAGCAACGUUUGAAGUCAGUUGUUACGUUAUUUCUUUGUUGAUCUAUAAAAAAUGUGAUUGGCUGAGUGGCGUUUACUUGACGUACGGUUGAAACAGUUGUUAUAGCAAUACCCGCUUUGACACUUAGCUGAGCGUAACCCAUUUGCGAUCUGGUGUAACAUUGAUUACACUUGUGAAUGGUACCUUUUACGGGCAUCGUAGAAAGCGUAACGCCUACAAGAAUUUAGAGUGACAGGGCGACUUGCAAACAGAAUUGUACAACAACCAGCAUGAGCAGCGAGUCUGAAGAAGUGCAGCCGAGUAAAGAUGUUGAGGAGAAACUUCAAAUAUUACACCUACCAACAGAGAUUCUUUUAAAAAUAUUCUCUUUCUUGGACGCCAAGUUCCUCGUAUCAUCAGUGAGCUUAGUAUGCAGACAAUUUCAUGCUAUAUUGGUUGAUCCAAACAUGUGGAAGUAUCGAGUGAAGAAAAGGAUGAAAUAUAGCUAUCCUGCAAUUGGUAAUGAGGAUGCUAUUGACUGGCAACGUGCAUGUGUUUCACUGGAAUCUGAACGUUUCUACUGGACCCAUCGACAUGAAACAAUGCUGCAGUUGGAACCUGCGGAUUAUGUACAUAUUGCUGCUGUUGACUCAGUUGCUCUGAUUCAUGGUGGACAGCUCUGUGUCUCUGGGUCGAGAGACAGGAGCUUGGCACUAUGGGAUCUUACGUCAACUGGAUCUGUAAAUGGCUACCUGCGACAGGAUGCUCAUUCUGGAUGGAUCUGGGCCCUGCUUCCUGAUGCAAAAGAGCCUGGAACAUUGUAUUCUUGUUCCUGGGACUACACUGUCAAGUGCUGGGACGUACACAGAGUUCUAGAACAGCGGUCAUCUACUGCGUUGAAGGCAGCCGUUCUCUCAUUAACACAGAUCACUCAUUCGUCAGUGUUGGCCUGUGGCCAGUAUACAGGUCAUGUGGCGUUGGUAGAUACCAGAUGUUCUGGAGAUGGACCUGCAUCUCUGCUGCGGCCCCAUCAUCGUGCUGCUCUCGGGUUAGCUUCUUGGGGCGAGAAUGUUCUCGUCUCUGCCAGUGAAGAGGGUCGUUUAGUUACCACUGAUCUCCGCAGUCCUGACAGCCCCCUCGCCCAACUUACAUUGUCUGAAUGUUUUCCAGAGUCCAGCCAAAUCAAGUCUUACCCAACAUGCCUUUCAGUGCGAGGAAAUUCCUUGUAUGCUGGAGAUUCAAAAGGCUAUGUGUGGCUGUUUGAUGCUACUGGUGGACAACUGAAACUAGUUCAGAGCUUAGAUGUGGAACAUGGAGGCCAAGUAACAGCAGUUCAGCAGCAUGAAGGUGUUGUUCUGACUGCAUCAACAGAUACUACUCUCAGAGCGUUUGCACCAUCUUGCCCUUUGGAACAGCUUUCAUUAAUACGGACUUCAGGGCAAGUGACAGGGUUUGACUAUUUAAAUGGCGUUUUAGUUACGGGAAGCACCAACUGCAAGGUGGAGAUAUAUACUCCACGGAAACGCUGACAUAGGGGGCAGCUCUGGCGGGAGGCAUUCCUACACUUGGGUGGAUCUGGUGAUGAUACACCGUCAAGGCUCUCACAUUUCGUGACCCGGUGCUUCUCUUGUUGAGGACUAAUAAAUGUGCUUUGUCUGUUUAUGGCCAACGUUGCUGUAGAUCCACUUGCUAGUAUUCACCUUUGGUUUGCCUUAUUUACCUUGUACGUAACUGUAGAAUUGUUAACAUGUUUAUGCUUUCACAGUAAUUUUCAGGAUAGCCUUAAAAUAAUACUUUUUUAAAAUUAUUUAUUCAGAGAAGUGUAAUUCGUUGUUUAUAAUUCAGUGUCGCUGUGAAAUGUGUUUUUUAUAAAAGAAAGAGUGCUUCCUAAACGGGAAAAACUGAAGAAUGUUUAUAGUACUAACAAUCAGAUGAUUGUAAAACAAUUAACAGAACUAUUUAAAAAUAUUACUUUAUGUUGUGUGUGUGUGUGUGUGUGUGUGUGUG